CGUCUCCUACGCCCGAAAUGAACUUCUGGCUAUGUUACGGAAAUCCAGUUGCUGUUUAUGUUUAGUAUUUGAGCGGUACCAGGUUGCGAAGGCGUCGGCGCCGUCUUUCGUAUUGCUCGGUACUGCAAGCACCAGUGCCUCCCGGGUCCGACCACCGACUAUUAUAUGUUCGUUUUACAUUAUUUUUGAAUCAUGUAACUCCAAGGACUAUUCUGUGACGUCACUCACUCGCCUUCUAACUGUUUUACAUUCUGUUUUGUUGAGAGUGGAAUAAGUCAGCUGACAUUUACAGUGCUUGGAAACUUUCUAGUUACCGUAGUAUCUAUCGACAGGCACUUGUCGAUUUUCUGGGAUGGAAAUAGGGAAGUGUAGUGCAAAGUGCAACUUCCGAUUUUGCUCCAGCGUUACACCUGCCGCAGCUGCAAGGAUGUUGCCGUGAAUCGCGAUUGUCAAUAGUGCCAGUGUUUAUUCGUAGCCCGCGAUUUCCGUGCUCCAGUGCAGCUUUCCAUAAAAUUGCAUUAACUAGACAUUUAAUAGAAAGUAUUAUCACCCAUUACUGCUCCGUCAUACUGCGUUGAAACUUUUACUGUCAGUGCUAUGAAUAUGUGUUAAUGUGGUAAAUAGUGCGGUUCUCACGGAGAAAAUGAGGGGCAAUAUCCCUUCGUCGUCGAAACCAAUUCCAGCUUACCGUUACAUGCCUAAUAGGCAUUCCAGCAGCAGCCCUGCUCGACCAGGACGUGGACAAUCUGUUACGUCCAUGAACGACGUGUGCGAUAGGACAGUUGUUAGGAUUCGGAGGUCCGGAGUCCAACAGGAAAGGAUUAGGGUGGUAUGCACCACUCGAAGACAGCACGUCAGUCGUCUGGUUACCGUAUCAGAUGUCUGUCACACGUUACCGCCUUUACGAAAACACGUUACAAUUAUCAGUUUUCCGCCAAAAAUGGAACGGUCCCAGAUAGUAAAUUCACUGGGCUCCUCGGAUCACAUCCAAGAACAAACUUAUAUACAAGCACCCAGUUUUAUACAAUCACAAAACUUUGGGAAUCCAGCACCCAGUCCAAUUUAUUGCAGAGCAUCCCCCAACACUUCUGGAUACGUAUCCGUACCUCAACCUCUUCAUAAAAAAGGCUCACUUAGGAAUGGUGACGUCCUCAAGCGUUCCAGAGUUCAAACGACAUACGAAUUAUCGCAAGAUAUUCUGGAUAAACAAAUAGAAGUCUUGGAACGCAAGUAUGGAGGUGUUAAAGCCCGCAACGCAGCUCUCACUAUCCAAAGAGCCUUUAGAAGAUAUACCCUUCUUAAAAAAUUUGCCGCUAUCACAGCUAUGGCCAAAGCCGAAAAAAGAAUAAGUCGGCGACUACCUGCAGCUUCUGAAGAGUGUAAACCCAACAUGGAAUCAGAACAACACGGUGGAGAUUACGUCCGCAGUUUCGAAGGGCACGACUGUAGCUCCUUACGUGUUCUUCCAGUUAGAUCUAUGUCACUACGAGAACGAAGGAACAUUGAUAACAUGCCGAUUCCUCGCAGCCAAUCUGGAACACCUACAGUUUGUUGGGAAAAUUACUCUUCGUCUUCUUCUCUGCAGCAUUACUAUUCGGCAGCUGAUAAUAAAUCAGAUUCCAUGUGUACUCAAGUAACUGCCAGUGGCACUUCCUGUAGCACCCCAACUACAUCCUCAAACGGAUAUAUGAGAGCCAGAAAUAGUAUGAGUUCGAGAAAAGUACCACCAGAAGUACCUAAAAGAACCUCGAGUAUUUCGUCAAGAUCAAUCGAGCCAAGGCAUCAAAAAUCCAACGGCCUCAUAAAGACAACAGAAAACGGUUCUUUGUCAAGUGUCCAAAGCUCAGGUAGCGAUAGCAGUAUUUCUACAGAACGCAUACAGUGUGAAUAUUCUAGUUCUCCAGUUUGGAAACGUAAAGGUAACCACCUUUCUGAGUAUGCAGAACCAGCAUUAGAGACCAGCCUGGGAAAUAUUUCGAAUGCCAGUUCGUCUACGUACACUCUAGUAGAGCGCGCUGCAGACCAACAAGCACCUACUAGCUACAAGAUUUCCGAGACUAUAAGAAAACGUCAGUACCGUGUAGGUUUAAACUUAUUUAACAAAAAGCCAGAGAGAGGUAUAGCAUAUCUGAUCCGGAGAGGAUUUUUAGAGAAUUCACCACAAGGGGUAGCUAGAUUCUUAAUAUCACGUAAAGGACUGAGUAAACAAAUGAUAGGAGAAUAUUUAGGUAAUUUGCAAAGCCCAUUCUGUAUGGCUGUAUUGGAAUGUUUUGCGGGAGAAUUGGAUUUGUCUGGUAUGCAAGUAGAUGUAGCCCUAAGAAAAUUCCAACAGCAUUUCCGUAUGCCGGGGGAAGCACAGAAAAUUGAAAGGUUAAUGGAAGUGUUCUCGCAGAGAUAUUGUCAAUGCAAUGUAGAUAUUGUGGCUAGACUGAGAUCACCAGAUACGAUUUUUGUCUUAGCAUUUGCUAUAAUAAUGCUGAAUACUGACUUGCACACGCCAAAUAUAAAACCGGAACGCCGGAUGAAGGUAGAAGACUUCAUAAAAAAUCUAAGGGGAAUUGAUGAUUGUGGUGAUAUCGACAGUGAUAUGUUAUUGGGAAUUUACGAAAGAGUUAAAGCGAAUGAAUUUAAACCCGGUUCUGAUCAUGUUACACAAGUAAUGAAAGUACAAGCCACAAUAGUCGGCAAGAAACCGAAUAUGGCUUUACCACAUAGACGAUUAGUGUGUUAUUGUCGUCUGUACGAAAUUCCCGAUAUAUAUAAAAAGGAAAGACCAGGUGUUCACCAAAGAGAAGUCUUUCUCUUCAAUGACCUACUCGUAAUCACGAAAAUUCUAAGCAAAAAAAAGUCUUCAGUUACUUAUACUUUCAGAAAUAGUUAUCCUUUAUGUGGAAUGGUAGUCACACUUUUUGAAGUUCCACAUUAUCCAUAUGGUAUAAGAUUAAGUCAACGUGUAGAUCAAAAAGUUUUGGUUACAUUUAAUGCUAGAAAUGAACACGACAGAUGUAAAUUUGCCGAAGAUCUUAAAGAAGCUGUUAGUGAAAUGGAUGAAAUGGAGAAUUUGAGAAUUGAGGCUGAACUAGAGAGACAAAAAUCCAAUAGAGGGGGCAAUAGAACUGGUACUGAAAAUAGGGAUAGCGGAGUAGCUGACGUUGAGGUUUGUCCUUGCCAGUGUCCCUGCUCGCAAAAUCCAGCGAUGGGUGCCAAUGAAAUAUGUGCAGAAGAAAUGUCCCAUGAUACUCAAAUAAAACGCUCAGCUCUCAGCAAUUCUCUACUUGAUAUACAUGAGCAAUUUGCAGGAGAGAAAGCCCAAAGACGGGGUAGUGUGGGCUCAUUGGAUAGUGGUAUGUCUGUGUCAUUCCAGUCAACGUCAGCUAGUACUUGUUCACGUUCGGACAAGUUAGUUGGCAAGCAAGUAGUCAAGCCGGGAAUACACAAUCAUCAGGGGUUUCUGGGAGGACUUUUCAACAAAAAGCAAACAAGCAAUACAACAGUUAAAUCAACAGAAGUGUAAAUAAAUUAAAGAUUACAGGGUAGAUCCUAUAUGCACUCAAUCGUUUCGAUAUUAACUCGUAUACUGUAACUAAUAUAUAAGUGCAGUGCAUUGUUGAUUAUGUCCUAUUCUUAUACAGCGAAGUCGAUAAAGGGUAAUUUCAUACAAUAUUACGACUCUUGUAAUAUGAUCUUUUUUUUUUUAUCGAGUUUAAUGUUACCAGUUGACAAAACCGAUUUUUUUCCAGAAAUAAUUAUUGUCAUAGAAAUAUAUUUAAAUAUGAUACUUGAGGAUUUUGGGGAAAUUCAACCCAGAUUUCUGACAGCCAUUGAUGUGUUUACGCACUGCAUCAACGUUAACCAUAAAAUGUUGGAAAGCUGUGCAGGUUGGUUAAAAGAGAACUAAAAAUGUUAAAAGUGUACUCCUUUAUCAUCACUGCUUCAGGAAGAAUUAAUUACCCAACAAAAAAAUAAAUGUUUCACUAAAAGCGCUUUCAAAGUUGCUUCUCCAGCUCUUUUAAAGCCUUUUGCAAAUAUUUGCCUAGUUGUUUAUAGAAAAUUAGGCAAAAUUUCCCUAUGAUUGGGUGCAUUUUAAAAGUGGUUUACUCUGUCUCCAGAGAUCUAUAUAAUCUAUUGUUUUUAAAAACAUUAACUCGUGCAUGUCAGAAGUAACCAAAUAUAUUUUCACCAUUUGUAAGUGUUACCAAAUAUAUUAACUAUGGCUGUCUUUAAUUUUCGCCCCAGUGCGUACACUUAAUAAUGUUAUUAGUAUUUUUUGUUGUAUCAUUUCUCCGUACUAAGACAUAAUUUAAUGUUCUCCAUAAUUGAAAAAUUCCAUGUUUUCAUACCGUAAUCUUUUAAUUAUUGUUUAUACUGCAUUAUUUGUUGUAAAUAAGUUAAUUUAUAAAAAUAUUUUUUAAUAAAUAAUGUAGACUAUGUUCGAGCACGCAACUGGUGAUGUUAAUAAUUAUUUUAAUGCACAAUUUCAUAAUUGAGAACAUUAAAGUUGUCUUUGGGUCUAGCUCUCUUUCAACAAAGAAAAUGGUUUUGAGAUUUACACUUGUAAAUAAAACUGGUUCAUAAAUCUGUAAGAGAGCAAAAAUGUUCUAGUCGAGUGUAAAUAAGUUAGGAAUCUCAUACUACUGAUAUUAAAUUAAUUUAAUCUAUUGUAUUAAGUGUUUUUUUAAUAACAUAAUAAACAGUCUUAACGUCG